UGGGUGGUCCAUAAAGGUCAAAGAUCAAAAGCUUAAAAAGAGUUAUCAAAGUUUGAGCUGCUUGCUUGCUAUAGUUUUCCAGCUCUGAGAGGAGUACAAGCUUGCUGUGUGUUAUGGGGGGACCUCUAAGGAACAAGCAAUGGCUGAGGAUAGCAGUGGUACUGGGUGUGCUCCUACUAGUCGUAUAUCUGAUGACAUCCAUGAGAUCUGGUGCCAAGCUGAUUGAGGACAAGCUGGUUGUAGCUGAACUGGAUAAUCGUGACCUGCUAGACAAGUUCAAUAAGCUCACUGAAGAACUGAAACGUACUGUACACAGAGCAGCAGAGACAAAACACGAACUAGAGAAAGUACAGAAAUCGAAAGAGCUAGAAAUAACCAGGAAAGACGAGCAGGUUAAGAGAUGUGUAUCAGAAAUGGCUGAAAUGAAGUCUAAAGUUCAAAGUGUGGAGAGUGAUCGAGACAGAUUAAAGAGUGAGAACGUUCGACUGGAGGAGGCUAAGUUGGAGGGGGCUACUGAACAAGAGAGGCUGAGCAACGAGCUCGACCAACUGAGACUGAUCUCUGCCAAGGACAAUGAGGGAAGCCAGAAAUGCAAAAGUGAUCUGGAAAGCACAAGGACACAGCUGUUGUCAGCACAGGCAGAUGUGUUUAGUGCAGGCGAAAAACUCAACGAAUGCCAGGGCCAAUUAACGAUUUCACAAAGUGCUUACGAAACAUGCCAGUCAAAAGUGACUUCAUUAGAAGCUGACAAUUACAACAAGCAGUUUGAAAUCGAACGACUUCAAUUGGAAUCGAAUACACUAAAGCAACAGCAGCAAAUGUCACAGCAGAAACAAGCCCAACCUCCUCAGAGGAAUGGCGUACCGUUGCGGCAACAAGGUUUCAAAGACAUUGAUAUCGUGAACGAUAAAAAGCAGAAGACUCUUGCAGAAUUGAAACAAAAGCUGGAUAGUGGCCACGUUUUGUCCGAACAAGAACAGCAAGUUUUCCAAAUGCUCACCAAAAACACUGGUGUAGAAUCGCGUCUCCCUACAAAGAAAAAGAUCAUCAUACCCGCACAAGAAGAUAAGUUAAACAAAGACGCAGCCAAUCAAAACCCUCCCCCUCCAAAACCAGACAGCCCCGAUGAAGCGAUAGUCGAAGAUCUAGUUGUCGAAAAGAAACAGGAAAAUCUUGACGUAAAAGAAGACGGAGAUACGGAGGGUGGUGCUGACGGUGGUGAUGAUGGAGACGAACAAGAUCCUCAAAACCCACAAGACUAUCAGCGUGUCAAGCGAGAGUUUAACGAUUUCAAUGAUGAAAGAGAAGCUGAUUUCAAUGAUAGAGAAGACGGCGGUGAGUUCAACGAUGGUGGAAUGGAGGCUCGAAAGAAGUUUGGUAAUCCAUUGCCUGAUCCAGUGGUGGUCAGAGAGGCAGGACCGGACGUGCCCAAUGGAGGGGAUACUGAUAUCAUGGACGAUCCUGACGGCCAUGAAGCGUUAAGAAAGGACCAGCAGCAUUUCAAGAAGGAGUGGAGAGAAAGGCAGAUUCAACCUGGUAAAAGACUACCCAGACAACAUCGUGAAGUUAGGUAGCUAUGUGUAGAGAUGACUCUUGUAGCUAUAAAUGUAUGUGGUUGGCUAUGUGUAAAAUAAACAUGUACAUAAAAUUUAUUUUGAUGAUAA